AGGUCUAGAAUUAUUUUUAAACAUCCUUCCUAAAAUCGAGACCGACCAUCAUCGGCGGGACAAAGUCACAGAUUCAGUCGUGCUGACGCUGUCUUUCUAUCUGUCCGGCGAUUCUGUGUAUUUAAGUGAAAUCCUCUAGCUUGAGACUGUUUACAAGUAAAGUGCAUCAAUUUCAAUCGAGUUCGUUUUGUGUCAGUUUUAGACAGUUAGUAGCUGCAGUGUCGUAUCCCAGUAGGAACGAAACUAACCGCUCCAUACCAGCACAACAAUUAACGUUUCUAAACUGGCUUUAAUACUACGGAACGCUGGCAAGGAACCAGUAGCAGCGCCUCCCGGCUUCUACCGGGCCGAUGGCCAUGAGUGUUUUGAUUUGAGGAAACUAAUCGAACACACAUCGUCAGAUCACUUCAGUGAAGCAGAGACAAGAAGCUAAACCCCCCAGGACUGUGUGUGUAAGCGACACAAAGCAAGGCCAGUAGGUCAAUUUUUUUGGGCACCAAUAAUUGAAGAAACCAUUAGGUGUUACUCAAGAGCGCCAACCUGAACUGGAAAAUUCAACAUGGCUCCGAUCGCCACGACCAACGAUCCGAAGGUAGUGCAAGGAGGCGAGGAAACCCUGACGCGCCAUUCGGAUGCAAAUCAGCACUACUACAAGACCGCUAACCGCAAAAAUGGCAUCAGUGAAGGACUGCGUGACGGACCUGCAACGAUGGUGGUUACGGGCACCGCAGUAGUACCCGGGAGUUCAGUGAAACCGUGUCCCCUGCGAGCUCCGCUCGUCGUGACCAUCGUCGGGUUGCCCUGCCGAGGGAAAUCGCUUGCCUCGCACAAAGUCGCACGCCACCUGAGCUGGCGGGGCGAGAGCGCCAAAGUUUUUACAGUAGAAGAAAAUGCGACCAACGAAACGCUCCGUGAGAUUAGUCUUUUCUUCAAGGAAGGAAAUAAUGUUGCGAUUAUCGAUGGAAUGCACCUGACACGGGCGUCCCGCCAGGCGGUGGCCACAUUUUGUGCCGACUCCGUGUACCACCAGCUGCUGAUCGAGUUCACGUGCAACGAAAAGUGUCUGGAGGAAAACAUUGCCGAUACCGUGCGGUUCUAUCACAACCUCGACCAGAGCACAGACUGGGAGUGUCGCUUCCGGGAGGCCAACGAACGGCAUUCGCCCGCGUUCGAACCGUGCGCACCCACCGAGGGACCGCUCAUAACGGUCAACAACUCCGAGGAUCCCAUGUUCCAUUCCGUGACGGCUCGAGGAGUACGCGGUUCAAUCCAGACGGCGAUCCUGGGUGUGCUGGCCAGUCCCGUCAUCCGCCAGCAGACGUUCUACUUUAGCCGGCACGGUGAAUCAGAGUACAACGUGUUGGGGCGUAUCGGAGGAGACGCUGAUCUAUCGCCAAGAGGCAUGAAGUACGCCGAACGACUUGCCCGCCAGCUGGGUGGCCCCGGUUCAGCCCCGGACAGCCCCCGACCGAAAGUGAUCUGGACGUCGGAACUGAGACGCACUAUUACCACGGUCCAGAACAUCCCUGGGCCGCGGGCGGCCAUUAAAGAUCUGAACGAGAUCAACGCUGGCAUCUGCGAGGGCCUCACAUACGAGGAGAUCCAGGAGCGCUUCCCGCAGGAGUUUGCCUGGCGCGACCAGGACAAGUUCAAAUACCGUUACCCACACGGUGAAUCCUACCUCGAUCUUCUUCAACGGGUGGACAGCGUAGUCCAAGCGCUGCUCACGAAUACCGACGUUCUGGUUGUGUCCCACCAAGCGGUGCUGCGGUGCAUUAUGGCGUACUUUAAGGGUGUUAAACCGGACGAUGUACCGUACAUCAACGUUCCGCUUCACACGCUGCUGGUUGUGCGAUCGUACGGGUACGACUUUGUGGUAGAGACGGUUCCUCUCAAGGUGGAAUGUGUCGAUACUUAUCGUAUCCAGCCGAAGAAUUGCUCUACUUCUCGCACUACGGCCGAUGCACUCGUUACUGUGCCGGCUCACUUCGACGCUCCACUUUCGCAACAGAUGUCCACGAUCAGUUAAACGGAUAGGCACCGGGAGAGGAAAGCAUCAUUACGCACCGCGAUCCUAUUGAAAUUUCUCGAUUUCCCUGUACAUUUCCACCAUCAAAUUGGAGUCCUUCCUGUCUUCUUACAACGUACCCCAGCUGAAUUCAAAACAUCACUUGUUAGCAGUUAGAAACACGAAAAAAAAACAGAAAAGUGACAAUGUAGCUCAACAAAAUAAUACCCGGUGCAACAGAAAACAGUUGCUAACUGAAAACAAGAAAAUGGCGCUAAUCUGCACAAGCAACCAAUUCAACCGUUCUUCCAUAGUUUUGUACAAAUCGAUAAUAAGGUCCGCAAAACAAACAAACAAACAAAAAGUAACCGAGUGAUUGUAAUUUUGAGGUAGGGAUUACGCAGCAGCACACACGCUUUAGAUUAGAGACCCAGAAAAUGCACCGCUUUGCAAUAGAGGGAAAUUGAAUAGAGAAAUGCACCGAAUAAGCAUGAACGGUUGUGGCAGACCAGAAGGGACGGUAGUUCUUUGUAGAUCGUUCAAUAUUACUUGUUUUGUUUUGGUGACUUAAUACCAUUUUGAAUUGCCAUUCAACAUAUAUUAGAUCCUGCCCCAUGUGCGCUCCGUUGACCACCGACACACAAAGGUUUUAGUCAGGCAGGUAGCUGGUUGGAGGAAUAAGAAAUGAGAUAGAAUUAACCCCCUUACCCGGAUGAUGAUUGUGCAUUUCAUAAGUUAAGUGUAAAAACAGCUGUGUGAUUUAAUGGGCCAGAAUGUUACAUUUUUGAAACAGUUUUUCCUUUGGAAGAGCGACGCUCCCGCUCGGAGUGGACGACACGAACAGAAAACAAAAUUAACAAUGAAACAAUCGUGCAGACAAAAAGUUAAACUUUAUGUCCGGGUUCAAGACAAAAAUGACUAAGAAGAAAAGAGAUAAGAAAAACCAAUGAUCAAUUUGCAAAGCAAAGUAAAGGAUCUGCAACUGAAAUGCUAAAGAAAGGCGUACACAAUCGGGGGACACUGAAAGGGGCAUAAAAUAGUAGAAAGUUAGGGCAAGCAAACCAGAAGCAGAGGGUUGGGAAUAAUCAUAGCAAAGGUUUGGAGAUAAAGUUCACAUCGACACAAACACACCCAUGUUCUGAAAAGAAAACGUAAAACGGUUAGGUUCUAGUUUGGUAGUGAAAGUUUAUUUUUACAAUGUAAGAAAGC